GUGCAGCGGAUGUUCAGGAAAUCCUUCACGAUGGUGGAAGAAAAGAUGUUUAUGUGUCUAAAUGGUUAGAAAGGGACAGUAUACGAUUGAAAACAGAUAUUUCUUGCUUGUUUAGACUAUUACAUUAUCGUGCUUUUUGCGUCUUGCUGGAGGAAAAAUAAGGAUUUUAAAAGCAGACUGGGCAGUGCAAGCUCGACUCCUGCAGCAAGCGUUGAUUUACCCGAAGGCGAAUGUAGCAUCGAUGUUGUUGUGAUCUGAUAUUUUCUCACAGUGUUUUUGCAUAAAAGUCUAGAAGUGCAGGAGGAUAUGAGAAUACUGGAGCUGCUUUGGUGAAAGUGAUGCAAAGGCAGCUCUUCAGCGAUUCUUGCGUGUGAUUCUCUCUCUUCUGAACUGAUCUGGGUUCAUCUUCGGUGGACAUGUCUCUGGUAGCCUACGACAGCAGCGACGACAGUGACCGCGAUGAUUCUCCGGUUUUACCCGCUCGAGCUCCGGGAAGGAGCGGCGGACUCUUCGCUUCUCUGCCCGCGCCGAAGAACGCGGAGGUCCGACCGACCGCAGAUCAGCCUGCAGCUGCUGCUCAACCCAAGAGGAUGACCAUGGACCUCCCCAAACCCAAGAAACGCACAGAGCCCGUCAAAAUCGUGGUUCCUCAAAUCAAGCCAGCAGAUUCUGACUCUGAUGAUGAUGAGCCAGUGCGGAAAAAAACAGCUCCUCGGGGCAGUGGUUUGUCCUCUUUGCUUCCCCAGCCUAAGAAUCUGGCGGUGAAGGAGACCCAGAGACCCCUGGUGCCACACACACUCACCAAACGUCCUGCAUCAGAUAAACCUAAACCAAAUGCAGCCAAGCCCCAGAGUCUGUCAGGAAGCAGCCCGUCUCCAUCCGCCAUCAAAGCGGCAGCUAAAUCAGCAGCCAUGCAGCUAGCUAAACAAAUGGCUGCGGACGAAGACGGAAGUGACGACGAACUCGCUCCUGAAAACUACUUCUCUCUUCCGGAAAGCUCUGUUCAGCCUGUGAUCCCACAAAAUGUUGAUGCGCAACAGUUCGUACCCUCUUUACACCCUCCACCUGGUGUGGAGGAUGCCCCGCUGGACUUUGGCUCUAGUAAGCCAGUCGGAGCCAUUCAAGACUAUAAGACGAGUGAAGAUUUUCAACAUCAGUACCAGGAGCUUCCUGACAACACACAGCCAGAGGCGUCUGCACAGGAGUAUUAUGGGGAAGGAUACUAUCAAGAUCCAAACCCUGGAGCUGAUGAGGAAGAGGAGUCGGGGUCAUCUUCGUUGUUCAAUGAUGAAGCGUUUCGGCGGCUGCAGGGAAAACAGAAUCGUGGAAGAGAAGAAAUCAAGUUCCUGGAGAUCAAAGGAGACGAUCAGCUGAGCGGAAAUAAGCAGUGGAUGACCAAGAACAUGACAGCAGAGGCCGAACCACGCAAGUCCUUCAGCAAGAAACGAGGAGAUCAGCCAACAGGCCAACAGAGACGCAAACACCAGAUCACGUAUCUGAUUCACCAGGCCAAAGAGCGAGAGCUGGAACUCAAGAACAACUGGGCCGAUAACAAGCUCACUCGGCGGCAAACACAAGCCAAGUACGGAUUCUAGCAGACUGGAUAUACAGAUCUACCUAAUGUUCUGUCCCAAGCGAUGCACAAAUGAGAGGUUUUGGCCAGCUUUUAGAGUUUGAGAAAGGCGUUGAGGACGAAGUUCAAGAUGGCUAACAAAGUCUACCUAAUAUUGUGUUUCCAUUUGAACUACGUUAUGUUUUGUGACCCGGUUUUAGUUCGGUCGGAAACAAUCACCCUGUAACAUAGUAGUUGUGUAGGUCGACAUUAUAUUUGCUCAUUAAAUAUGGUUGGGAUGGUCUUGUCUUCCACGCUGCCGUCGUGAGCGCCGGCGGUGUAUAUACAAUACGAGGCAUUGAAAAUAUAACAAAACAAACGGUUAACACUUUACAGUAUGGUUGUGUGUAUUAAUGGUUUUGUUAUCGUCAGUGUUAAAGGGAUAGUUCACCUAAAAUAGUGUUGUCACGGUACUGGAAUUCUGUAUCAAUCGAUUCUGAAAUUUUCCAGCUAACAUUUGAGCGCUGUUAAGCACGUUCUUAAACAGCGCUAAUGUGUUCACAUGCUCAACAGAAAUUACUGUGAUUGGCCGUGAAGGUCAUCGGUUCACCAAACUUGCCGCUGUUUACUGAGUGUAACCACAGAUACAGGGACACUAGAGCGUUUAAUCGCCGCAGUUCAUCAGUGGAUCGCUCGUAUGUCAGCUUAGAGACAAACCAUCUGAUCGACGUGACUUUAAAACGCUUGAGUGUCCCUGUGUCUGUGGUUACACUGAGUAAACAACGGUGAGUUUGAUGAACUGAUGACCUUCGUGGCCAAUCACAAUCAUUUCUGUUGAGCAUGUGAACACAAUGGCAAACCAGCACUGUUUAAGAACGCGCUCAACGGCGCUCAAAUGUUAGCAGGAAAUGGACUAUUUUAAAAAUGUCGGUAUCGAUUGGUACCGAAUUCCAGUAUCGUGACAACUUCGAUAUUUUUUAAGAUACGAGUAUUCACCCUUGAUUUGUUUUGGUUGGGUUAUUUUGAAUUGUAACCAUUGAUGUUCAUAGUUUUUGUUUGUCCUACUGUGCAUGUCAAUGGUUACCAGUUUCUAGCAUACUUCAAAAUAUCUUUAGUAUUGGCAUUUAAAAUAUGCCAAAACAAUCUGAUCUUGAAUUGUGUUAUUUUGAAUUAUUAACAAUUGUAAAUGAUUAGAACUGAAUAUUAUAUGCCAGUAAGAUUGUUUUGAAUUUUAAUUUCUAAACUUGAACAUUGAACAUCUCAAAUUUAAGACAAUUACAUUUUUUUUCUUAAGUCAGAUUUUUAUAGACGUAUUUUCAAAAUUCCUAGACUGCAGAGAUGCAGUUUGUUAAAUUACCAUUUUAAGUAGUGUUGACACGAUACUGGAAAUUGGUACGAAUCAAUACUGAGAUUUUAAAAACGUUCAGUUCUCGCUAACAUUUCAGCGCUGUUGAACGCAUCCUUAAACACUGCUGGUGUGUUUCAAAGUCAAGCUUUUUUGUCUAUAAGCUGACCUACGAGUGAUCCGCUGAUGAAUCGCGGCUUUAAAAUGCUCCAGUGUCCCUGUAUCUGUCAUUACAGUCAGUAAACAUCGAUGAGUUGACGUCCAUAGUUUUUGUUUGUCCUACUACGCAUGUCAAUGGUUACCAGUUUCUAGCAUUCUUCAAAUUAUCUUCUUUAGUAUGGAGCUUAAAAUAUGCCAAAAUUAUCUGAAUUUAAGUUAUUUUGAAUUAUUAACAAUUGUAAUUGAAUUAAACUGAAUAUUAUAUGCCAAUAAAAUUAGCUUUGACUUUAAAUUUCGUCAUUUGAAUGUUGAACAUCUGAAAUUUAAGACAACUGAAGGUUUUUAAAUCCAACUUUUAUAGAUGUAGUUUCAAAAAUCCUAGACUGCAGAGAUGCAGUUUGUAAAAAUAGUUUCAAGUAGUGUUGUCACGAUACUGGAAUUACAUACCAAUCAAUACUGGAAUUUUAAAAACGUACAUUUCCCGCUAACAUUUGAGCUCUGUUGAGCAUGUUCUUAAACAUUGAUGAUUUGCCAAUGUGUUCACGUGCUCAAAAGAAAUGACUGAAAUCACUGUAACCACAGACACAGGGACAUUGGAGUUUCAAAGUCGUGUCGAUCAACUGGUUUGUCUCUAAGCUGACAUACGAGCAAUCCACUUAUGAAUCGCGGCUUUGAAAUGCUCCAGUGUCCCUGUAUCUGUGGUUACACUCAGUAAACAGCGGUGAUUUCAGUGAACUUAUGACCUUCACGGCAAUCACAGUCAUUUCUGUUGAGCAUGUGAACACAAUGGCAAAUCAGCGCUGUUUAAGAAUGCGCUCAAAUGUUAACAGGAAAUGGAUGUUUUUAAAAUUUCAGUAUCGUGACACCACUACUUUCAAGUUUUCAUGAUGAAAAACUUCAGGACGUCACAUUUCAUAUAGGUAAAUUCGAAACCAAAAAUUUAGAUUGUGAAAUUUGAAGAAAAAAAAUCAGAAGUAAAAAUAUUCAGUUGUCUGAAAUUUCAGAUGUUCAAUAUUAAAGAAAUUAAAAAACUUUUUUAUGCCAUAUAAUAUUCAGUUUUAUUAAAUUACAGUUGUUAAUAAUUAAAAUGAACACAAUUAAACAUUUAGAUAGUUUUGGCAUAUAUUAAGCUCCAUACUAAUGUGGUGUCAUUUUAUUUUGAAACCAAUCAACGAAGGGUAACUUAUUUAAAAUGAGCUGAAUCAACAUAAUUCUUGAGUGUUUAUUUGGGAACAACUGAACUGUUUUAUGUUCAGUCCACUUAAAUUUGUAAAAACAUUUAAUUUAAUUUGUGUGGAAACUUGCGUUUUUAGUGUAAAUGAGUUUGUUUUAAUUUUGGGUGAACCAUCCCUUUAAUUUACAAGUGCACUAUUGUUGCAUUAACUGUAUAUUAACGUAAAUGAGCUCAUAUUAAUGUAUACAAUGUUACUGUAAAGUGUUACUGCAGAAAACCUUGUAAACAAAAAAAGUGUUUGAGUGAAUCUUUCCUGGUUUGAUUGUUUUUACCUGCUUGUUUUUCAUUUGAAUGUAGAUUCUUAACCGAGGACUCUUGUGUAGAACUAUGAAUAAAAUAUAAGAGUUUCAUUGCACCCGUAGGAAAUAUACUGUGUUAAAACACUUUUAUGUGAUGAAUAAAUCCUGUAUCACUGCCAGAAGUGAACAUGCAUAGGCCUGAGUAAAUUAAGGGUUAGUUCAAAACACAAUUGAUCAUUUGCAGAGAUUUUAAAGAGAAUUGAGGAAAAUUUAAAGGACAUCAGGAAGACUUUUAAAAUGUCUCAAAAUAUAGGAACGGACUCAAAACAUUAAAUUGGUCGAUGAUUUAAUGUUCAA